CGAGGGCCGGCCCAGGGCGGGCGGCGGGCGCACAGCUGAGCCGAGGUUCCGACGCCCGGCCCGCGCCUCGGGCUUCCGCCAAGUCAGCUGACCACCCAGUGCGGAACUAACAGCCGGCCCGAGCUGCCCGCCGCCGCCGCUGCUGCGCUCCUACUCCGCGCUCCGCGCUCGGUACAGCGCGCUUGCCCCGUCGCCAUGGCUGGGCUUGUGGUCAGUGGAGCUCAAGUGUCCUACAUAGGCCAGGACUGCAGAGAGAUUCCAGAGCACCUCGGCAGGGACUGUGGACAUUUUGCAAAGAGGCUUGAUCUGAGCUUUAACCUUCUGAGGUCACUGGAAGGACUGAGCGCGUUCGGGAGCCUGGAGGAACUCAUCUUGGACAACAAUCUGCUCGGGGAUGACCUUGUGUUGCCAGGGUUACCCAGGCUCCACACCUUAACCCUCAACAAGAACCAAAUCACUGACUUGGAGUGUCUGCUUGAUCACCUGGCAGAAGUGACACCAGCUCUGGAGUACCUCAGCCUGCUGGGAAAUGUGGCAUGUCCCAACGAGCUAGUCAGCCUGGAAAAGGAUGAGGAGGACUACAAGAGAUACAGAUGCUUUGUUCUGCACAAGCUGCCCAAUUUGAAGUUUCUGGAUGCUCGUAAAGUAACCAAACAAGAACGAGAGGAAGCUUUGGUCAGAGGGGCGUUCAUGAAGGUGGUGAAGCCCAAGGCCUCCAGUGACAGCGUUGCCGCCUCUCCGAAGAGCCGCUACACACCCCUGCCUUCUGCUUCCAGGGAACUCACCAGUCACCGAGGUAUCCUGGGGAAGUGUCGCUAUGUUUACUAUGGGAAAAACUCAGAGGGCAACAGGUUUAUCCGCGAUGACCAGCUCUGAAGCAACAGAAACAUGAGGUCGGUCCAGCCUGAGGCAGUUUCUCCAAGAGAGGAUGGAGGAAGGACUGCUAAGUGAUUGGAAGUCUGACUUGCCUUUCAUGUCAGAAGAUGACUUCACCUUUUGGAAACAACAAACCCUCUGUGGUACCUCAGUGGGAUCAUUAGUGCUAUGAAGACUGAAGCCCAUAUGAACAUUUGAGUACGGAUCUUUCAACAGACCUAUGUUUUCAUUUCCUUAGAAUAAGUACUCAGAAGUGGGAAUGCUGGACCAGCGGUAAAGGAAGAAAAAUUCCUCAACCUGAUGAAAAACUUACAGCUGACAUCAUCCAUAAGGCUGAAUGCUUUAUGUCCAUGAUUGAUAGGAAAGAAACAAGGAUGUCUGCUCUCACCAGCUCAAUUAUUUAAUUUUGUGUGGGAGAUCUUAACUAGUGCAAUAAGAAUCCCAUUUCUCAUUUCCUCAA